AUGAUCACGAAAGCAAUACACCAUUCGCUGCUGGCAGCACUGGCACUGGCGCUUCUGGGCGUGUGCUACGGGUGUAAGAUAUCGGAGUAUCCGUGCAAGGGUGGCGCGAGCUGCGUGCCACUCGACAAAUACUGUGAUGGGCGCGAUGAUUGCGGCGACGGCAGUGACGAGCCGAAAAUGUGUACAGUGUGCAACCGGACGUACUACGGGGACAUUGGGCGAACGUACACGCUCACGGUGCCACCUCCGCAGUGGAACCGGCUACCAUUUCUCUGCCAUCUAACGUUCACCGCUUCCGGUCACGAACAGGGCGACAUCGUGCAGAUAAUCUUCGACAAAUUCACCGUCGGUCGGUUCGACGAAGGCCUAAUAGAUCCCGACAUGGAUUCCAGUGACGCGAGUCUUACCAGCGGUGGCGAUCUACCAGGAUGUCCGGAAGGAUUUAUGCAGCUUAGCGAACUGGGACGCCCGUUUACCGGUGGCUCCUGGUGCGGGAAGGCUUCCGGCCAUCAGCUGUACUUCAGCGAAACAUCCACAGUGACAGCAUCUGUCAAGGUCUUUCAUGCACCGAUGCAGGCCGGGACGCCGUUCGAAUUCCGCAUCCGGUACAAAUUCAUAAGUCAAUCAGAGGCCAUUGUCAGAUAUGGUGCACCCAGCGAACUCCUGGAGCUCGGACGUGUCACGCCUGGAACGUACUGUACGCGACAAUACGACGAAUGCUACCGGAAAAAGUGUCGCCUGCAGAGUCCAAACUACCCCGGCAUGUACCCCCGGAACGUCACCUGCUACUGGACGAUCCGCCAGAAGGUGGUCCCGACUUGCAAGCACGCAAUGGUGGCGAUCAGCCAGGAGAAUGAGCACAAGGCGCUCGUUAAACGAUCCAUCGCCAGCCUGAACAAGACGGCCCGGGCGGUUCGGGCGUGGUCGGACUGCACCGGCGAACGGGAUCAUCUGAUCUUCUACGACGGCAGCAGCACCAACGAUCCCGUGCUGGCGAAGUACUGCGGCGGGGACUGGCUGCCUCGGGUCGUGUCGCGGGGCCCAGAAAUGCUGAUCGCUUUUCACUCGAGUCCCUUUUCGGCUCCACUACAGUCCGGUCAGUCAAACCGUGGGUUUGAGCUGGACGUCGACAUACUGUUCGCCGACUCCGACUCGUUCGACUUCGCGCAGGGCAACAAAUGUGAGUUCCACAUCAACGCGUCAAAUCCAGACGAAGUGCUACUGUCGCGACGGGGAAGGAUGGGGCAUCUACUGAGCCCGCGACAUACGCUGGCGCCGAACACGACCUGCACCUACUACUUCCACGGUAUGCCAACGGAUUUGAUUUGGAUCUCCUUUACCCAUUACCAUCUGCAGAUUUUGCAGCCAAGUGGGAGCGGCGACAACUCUACGAUGGGCCGGAAUGAGUCUCCAUUACCCUGGAUUACGAGAACGCGGGUUUGGGAUAGUGCGGGCACGUUCGUUCCGGUGCGCACGACCUCUCCAACGAGUAUACUAUCCACCGGGUCCUCCACUACUUCCUACGGAUCUACCCUCGGCGCUGCAACCGCUCUUCUGCCCGGCCUAACCAGCACCACCGCGAUCUACCAGCAGCUCAUGAAUCGGACCGUCAACAACUACUACGCCGCCGUGAACCAGAAUGGCAAGAGUUUGAAGAUCAAUGUGGACAACGUGUGGAACCCGGUGGAUCAGUAUAUCUACGGGCCGACGGUGAACAGCAUCUUCAACCAACCAGCCCCUACAGCGCCGAGCGAUGGCAUUCGUGGGCGUGGUUCGGGCUACGGAUCCUCGGGAUAUCAGGACAAGUACUCCAAGCACAAGGGCAAGUCGGAGAUGGGCGCCGGGAACUACGUGCAGUCGGUACGCCAUGGGAAGGACUCGUCGGUGGGCGGCUCGGGAAAUGAGCUGUCACGCGAGCACGGACGCAAAGAUCGCCAAUCGUCCAAGUCGAGCCUGGCAUCGCGUCGACUGAUGGCGGAGUUUUUCGAUAACGAAGCACCGAAGCUGUGCGAUCAUAUGACGGUGGAGAGCAAGGGUCACCGGAUGCGACCCUGUACACCGCUGGAGAGUUACGUUAGCACUGGCCGAGACUUGAAAAUUGAGUUCCACACCAUGACCGGAACGUCGCUGUUUCCAUCGAGCUUUGGGAUCAACUAUGAGUUCGUCGACACAGAGCUAGGUGGUGAGCCCUACCUGGGGACCGGCAAGAAAUCACUGGAGCCCAAUGAAGAUCUCACUAAGGCGGCAGACGCAUCGGUUCCGAUUCUUUGCUCGCGUGUAUUUCGCAAGCGAAAGGGUGACUUCCAAGCGCCACGCAACGUGUUUCUGCAUGGCCGAGGAGGGGCGAAGAACAUUUCCUGCCUCUACCGAUUUGAAGCUUCCGUCGGAGAGAGGGUGCGUGUUGAGCUGUUCAACGUAUCGUUCGGAGAGUUUGCGACCUGCGUCACCGAGAGCGAUGGCCACACUGGACGAGCCCGUUGCAGUCCGUCCGAGUCGGAAGCGGACAGCCGAAUCGGCGAGUUGCGUAUCUUCGACGUGCCCUACCCGGACGUCCGUAUCCCUCUCGGGUGCUUCUGUGACAAUACCAGUAGCACCUACAACGCGCCCCUCACCUUUAUCUCGAACUCGCGAACGCUGGAACUGACGUUCAUCGUGACGCGGCUCAACAUCUCCGAGGACUUUGCGGACGUCUACUUCCACGCGGCGUACGACUUCAUCCGGGUGCCCGAGUGUCGCCGGAGAUUGCGGCUGCGUGGUUCGGGCGGCGAGGAUGAGAUGCACUUCCCGCUGAAGUCGCACGAUGCCAGCUGCGACGGGCUGCCGUGGUACAUCGAGGCUCAACAGCAAGACCGCAGUCUGUUCGUGCGCACCUGGGGCAGCUUCCUGGCGGUCGAGCCGACCGCCGAGGAUUACUCCAAGUGUCACACGCGCAACCGACUGAUCGUGUACAGUGGUGUGCCGCUGAAGAUAAUGCGCGUGAUCUGCCCUUCGACACCGUCCGGCCGGUCGUCCGCACUGCACAUCUUCAGCGAGGACUGGCUAAGCAAUCAACCCUUCCUUAGCUUCGACAGGCCUGUCAGUAUGGUGCUAGAACCGAUCCUGAAGGAGCAAGGAAGCAUCGGGUUCUCGUGGCUCGAGAUCCAGCGGACCAAGGCGUCGCUGAUACAGCAGCUCGACCUGCAGACGAACUUCACCGCCAACGACACGCUGGUCGAGUUCGGGCUCUAUCCACGCGAGAGCGAGUGCGAGUAUCGCUGUCCGGAGCUGGACGCCUGCAUCGGCAGUGCCCUUUGGUGUGAUGGCCGUCCAAACUGCCCGUCCGGGUAUGACGAGAGCGAGCAGGAGUGCGGCAGCCGGCUCAUCGAGCUGCCGGGCGGUAUUUACGCGGCGUUCGGGUGCGUGGCGGCCGCCAUCUCCGCCUGCCUCAUCUUCUGCUUGCUUGUGAUGGUGAAGAAGCGCCGCAAGGCGAACGAGAAGCUCAAACCGGCGGGACCCGGUGCGGCGGCCUCGCUCAACGGUACCCUCUCGAAGAAGGACUACAAGAAGGAGCCACUGUUCUUCGAUCCGGACUCCUGA